AAACAUAUAUUUAAAAGAGGGAGUGAAAAAAAAAAAAAAAAAAUGGAGGAAGCACAAUAUUCCACCGUCCUUUAUUCUCAUAAAAAUUGAUAUACGGGCAUAUACUAAAAAAAAGAAGAAAAUACUUUGUAGUAUGUAAAAUUUUCAUGUACUUGUAUAAAUAAAUAAAGCUGCUAAAGGAUCUCUGUUCUCCUCACAUCAAACAUCUUACUUUUGCUACAACUAAGUAAUCCCCUUUGUCCUUUUUUUCUCUCUUUCCAACUUCCACGGUGGAAGUUAAAGAUGAGUUCUCCUCCCAGCUCAAACAUCAUUAAUAAGGCCGCAGACAUAUUAAUCUGCGGCCGAAAAAAUGUUUACAAAGUCGGGAAUGGUGUGGGCGAAGAGAGCCAACACCAUUCCCGUAACAACAAUACUAACGAGACAUAUGAGAAUGGUAACAUUAAGAAGAUUAGAGGGACAGUCGUUCUGAUGAAAAAGAAUGUGCUCGACUUGACCGAUGUCCUGGCCUCGCUUCUUGAUCGUAUUCAUGAGCUUGUUGGCAAGGGUGUUUCCUUGCAACUCAUUAGUGCCGAUCAAUCUGACCCUGGAAAGGGAUUACGAGGAAAGUUGGGGAAAUCAGCAUACGUAGAAAAAUGGGUAUCAACAAUAAUACCAAUAACUGCUGGAGAAAUGACAUUCAAUAUUACAUUUGAGUGGCAUGACAAUUUGGGUGUUCCAGGUGCUUUUAUCAUCAAAAAUCAUCAUCAUAGUCAAUUUUACCUCAAAACUGUAACGCUAGAUGUUCCAGGACAUGGCCCUGUACAUUUUGUCUGCAAUUCUUGGGUUUACCCUGCUCAUCGUUACAAAUACAAUCGCGUCUUCUUCUCUAACAAGACCUAUCUUCCGUAUGAGACACCAGAAGCACUACGCAAAUAUAGGGAAGAAGAGCUUGUGAAUCUACGAGGUGAUGGAAAAGGCAUGCUUAAAGAAUGGGACAGAGUAUACGACUAUGAUUACUACAAUGACUUAGGAUUGCCUGACAAGGGAAAAGAGUAUGCGCGUCCUGUUCUUGGGGGCUCGAGUGAAUACCCUUAUCCACGUAGAGGGAAAACAGGCCGUAAACCAACAAAAGCUGAUCCAAAUACAGAAAGCCGAUUGCCUCUUCUUAGUCUUGAUAUAUAUGUUCCAAGAGAUGAGCGGUUUGGACACAUCAAAUUUUCAGAUUUUCUGGCAUACGCCUUGAAAUCUCUUGUUCAGAUAUUACUACCAGAGCUGAAAUCCAUAUGUGACAAAACACCUAAUGAGUUUGACUCAUUCGAAGAUGUCAUUAAUCUCUACCAGGGAGGUUUCAAGCUACCAGACGGGGCACUCACGAAACUCAAAGAUAGGGUCCCAUGGGAAAUGCUUAAGGAACUUAUCCGAAGUGAUGGUGAACAUUUUCUCAAAUUCCCUAUACCUGAUGUGAUCAAAGAGGAUGAUUCUGCUUGGAGAACUGAUGAAGAGUUUGGUCGAGAAAUGUUAGCUGGAGUGAAUCCUGUUCUCAUCAGUCGUCUUGAAGAAUUUCCUCCAAAGAGCAAGCUGGAUCCAAAACUCUACGGCGAUCAAAACAGUAAAAUAACCAGGGAGCACAUAGAAAAGAACAUGGAUGGAUACUCCACAGAUAAAGCAAUUAAAAGCAACAGGUUGUAUAUAUUAGAUCAUCAUGAUACUUUGAUGCCAUACCUAUCGCGGAUAAACUCUACUCCCACAAAGACAUACGCGACAAGGACAAUCCUGUUUCUGAAGUAUGAUGGUACACUGAAGCCAUUGGGAAUUGAACUCAGCUUGCCUCAUCCACAGGGUGAAAAACAUGGUGCUGUUAGUCAAGUUUAUACUCCUGCCGAAGAGGGUGUUGAAGCCUCAGUGUGGCAAUUAGCUAAAGCCUACUCGGCUGUCAAUGAUUCUGGCACUCAUCAGCUCAUAUGUCAUUGGUUGUACACCCACGCUAUAAUAGAACCAUUUAUAAUUGCAACUAAUAGACAGUUGAGUGUUAUUCACCCAAUUCACAAGCUUUUGCAACCCCAUUUUCGCGACACAAUGAACAUUAAUGCCUUGGCUAGGCAAAUCCUCAUCAAUGCUGGUGGAGUAUUGGAACGAACAGUCUUCCCAGCAAAAUAUGCAAUGGAAAUGUCCUCAUUUAUAUACAAAAGUUGGGUUUUUAAUGACGAAGCACUUCCUGCUGAUCUCCUUAAAAGAGGGGUAGCAGUUCAGGAUUCCAGCCAACCCCAUGGUCUGAAGCUGUUGAUUGAGGAUUAUCCAUUUGCAGUUGACGGGCUAGAAAUCUGGUCUGCAAUUGAGACAUGGGUGAAUGAUUACUGCUCUUUCUACUACCCAACAGACGACAUAGUAGAAAAAGAUCCUGAACUUCAAUCGUGGUGGAAAGAAAUCCGCUAUGAGGGCCAUGGUGAUAAGAAAGAUGAAACAUGGUGGUCGGAAAUGAAAACCAGGCAUGAUCUUACAAAGACAUGCACAAUCAUCAUAUGGGUUGCUUCUGCACUCCAUGCUGCUGUCAAUUUUGGACAGUAUCCUUAUGCAGGAUACCUCCCAAACCGGCCUACUGUAAGCAGGCGAUUUAUGCCUCAGCCAGGCACUCCAGAAUAUGCUGAAGUAGAGUCUGAUCCUGAGAGAGCCUUUCUGAAAACAAUAACAGCUCAAUUUCAGACACUCCUCGGUGUUUCAUUGAUUGAAAUUUUGUCGCGUCACUCUACAGAUGAGAUCUACCUUGGGCAGAGGGAUACCCCUGAGUGGACAUCUGAUUCUGAUCCACUAGCUGCAUUUCAGAGAUUUCAGAUGAAGCUAUCAGAUAUUGAAAAGAAUAUCACAGAAAGGAACAAUGACAAGAAACUCAAAAAUCGACUGGGACCUGUUAAAGUUCCGUACACUUUACUGUAUCCAAACACAUCAGAUUACACCAAAGUUGGGGGACUUACAGGCAAAGGAAUUCCGAAUAGCAUCUCAAUAUGAAGUUGGACAAUAUUUGAUUUCGAGAUUGAGGCUAUAUAUCAUUAGUCUUUGAAUUUUAAUAUUUAUUGUGUGAUACCUUAAGGUAAUUAUAAUAACAUAGAAAGUAUUGGUAACUGUUAAAGUUUGAUAAUUGUGAUUGAAAUCUUGUGUAUAAGAUAUGGCUUUACAGUUUUACUAGUGGAAUUUCUAUUUACAUGUCUCCAUUUUAUCUAGAAAUUGUUG